AAGACCACCCCCCUUUUCUUUCAACGUUGUGAAAUUCGCAUGCGUUCUCGAUAACAUCUAAAUUAAAGCUUAGAGAUAGCUGUUUAUAUUUUUGGUGUGUCUUUCCUUUGAUUCAAUAUGGGUAUUCUUCGUAUAUUAGAAAUUAUAUUUGUCUUUUAUUUUGCUUCUCACAUUCCUAUUACAUUAUUCAUUGAUCUUCAAGCGUUGCUUCCUGCGCAGAUGUAUCCUCAACAGCUGAAAGAUGUUUUGAGAUGGUAUGGGGCUGAGUUCAGAGACCCCAUGAUGCUGGAUCCCCCCACCUGGUUCAAGUCCUUCAUCUUCUGCGAAGCUCUGGUUCAAACACCCUUCUUCCCCAUAGCUGCAUACGCCUUCCUGAAAGGAGGCUGCAAGUGGAUCAGGACUCCAGCCAUUGUGUAUUCCACCCACGUAGUCACCACCCUGGUCCCCAUCCUAGCCCACAUCCUCUACUACCCCUUCCCCACAGAGCCCCACCCUGGCCCCCAGACCCAGAAGGAGCGUUAUACCCUGGUAGCCAUCUACGCGCCGUACCUCCUGAUUCCUCUGACGCUGCUGUUCACAAUGCUCUUCAGCUCAGCUUACAACGCCAACACUCAGGGAGGGAAGGGCUCAGCUAAGGCCAAGAAGAUCAAAUAAAAAGACACUCAUUUCUAGCCUGAGUGCUAGUCUGUUUGUGCUAUUGUCCAACUCCAUUGCUGUCCUUGUCACCUGUUCGGUUUGAUGGCACAAACAGAUUAGCACUCGGGCUACUAAUCCACCUGUACAUUCUGUAAUACACUGUACUGUUACCCGGCAGUCUGUCCAGGCUAUCAUCCCUCUUAGUCUACAGUACUCAUUUUCAUAGUGAUUUUUUUUCCUCAAGUGAUGAAUUGUCAAUUGGUACAUUUCAAGUCAAUAAAACACCAUAGGUACGUUAAACAUUCA